GAACGAAUUUGAGCGGGAGUGAAAAUUCUUACUCACCAAAUGUCGUCGCUGUAGUUGUCAGUAAUAAAAAAACACACAUACACACUCAUACAAAUGCGCGCUCACACACAAGCACAGAGCAAUUUUACAAAAGCCAACAGAACCGCUGAAAGUAGCAAACAGUAAGCAACAAGCAGCAGUGGAGGCGACGCCAAGAUAAAAAGCAACUACAUGAGAAAAUAAAUAAAUCGCAAAAAAAAAAACAACGAACUUAACUACAUUAAAUUGCAAUUUAAUAAAUUGCACUAGUGCGUGGUGUUGUGGAAAAAAAAUAAAGAGAAGGGGCACAGAGUGACACAAGCCUUUGUUUUUCUAGACUAAAAUAAAAUAGAAAAAAAGGCUGGCAACGCUGGUUUGCUGUGCUUGCCGAGCUCUGCAGUUUUGUUUGCUUUGUUGUGCACGCGUGUGUGUGUGUGGAAGUGUUAAUGUGUGUAUGUGAAAGCGAAAUAUAAAUAACAAAUCUGAGAAUCCGACUGAGGAACGCGCACUAAAUAAUUUAGAGUGCCAUGGCACUGCUCCUGUUCAUGGCAGCGGCGACAGCUCUGCUGCUGCUGCUGUCAUCAUCGACAACAGCUGCGCAGGCUGCUUAUGCAAAUCGCAUACCUGCUUUGGAAGUGGAGGCACUGCGCCUAAACUAUAUAAGCCUGGAGCAGGCUCUGUGGCAAUAUUUGGGCAAAACGGCCAACAGCCAAAAUAAUCGCGAGUCUCAGCUGCGCAAAGUUUAUGAUUCGCAUCGUGAUUUUAUAAACAAGCCGCUAAUGUCGCAACGCUAUGAUAAAUCACGCUAUGAGACGAUACUGCAUCAUUAUGAGUGGACAUUGCUGGACAUGAAAUUGGUGGAGCUGAAUAGUAUAUUUGAUUUCUUCAAGGCGCAUACCAUGAAAUCAAAUACAAGCAACGACUUGGAAGAGCUUGCUGUGCUGGAUUUAACAAAAGCCGUAUUGCGCAAUGAUAGCAACUUUUCCAUGUCGCAAGUGUUUCAGGAAAUUGAGAGAACCAUGGUGUCGCAGUCGCUCUACUACAGGGCUAUGCUGGUAUCUGCCGAUCAGAUGUGCCAGACUAUGCAAUCGUCGCAACAAUUUGUGUAUUCACUGUACACGGACAUUGCACUAACCGAACUAAAGGGCUACACCAUGAUGGAGUUCAGCUGGAUGAUGUUGCGCGUCUAUGGACGCGGCAACUACACACAGGAAGCCGAACUCAUGCGUCGCGACUAUGAGAAGCGCACGGAGCGCACACUGAAGCUGCUCAGGGAGGUAAUGCGUCGUGCCGAUCGCAUUCUAUGGCGCUGUGAUCCUAAGAAGCAUGUGCCCAAGGUUACCUACGAUGAGGUCACACGUCUGCUCCAAGGCUACAUUGAGAACGAGGUGGAUUUGAAUAGCGAUGAGACAUGCCGUGAAACUUGUUCCUACUAUCAAUCGACACGCAGCGAGGGAUGCUUCAAGGAGAAAUUCUGUGCCCGCCAGCCCAAGUGCUCGGGACGUCUAUACAAUUGUCAGUUUGUUGAGUCAGACAUGUGGGUGUGUCCGGCGCCCAUGAACAGCACACGUCGCUAUGAGUAUGUAGAAUUCGAGAAUGGACGUGUGCUGGGCGAGCGCAAGAGCUGCUCACGUGGCACCACCAAGGUGGACAGCUGGUGGCGUUACUUAUUCUGGCAUUGCAGCUACUGCUUCUGCCUUUGCGAUGAGCAGGGUCUUAAGUCUGAUCGCUUUUUCAAUCUACGCGAAGCCGUUGCGGACAUCAAGCAAAACAAAGUCGUCACUGGUCUGCGCUUUGUGAAGAAGAAUCGCAUAUUCCAUCUGCAGAUACAGGAGGGACAGCUGCUGCCACGCGGCGCUAUCAAUCAAUCGACAGUUGCCUGGAGGCCAGUGGAUGAUUACAAAAUAUUUGAUAGAAAUGUUGCCAAGGGCGUUGACUAUCAUACGCUUAACUAUGAGAGUCGCUCCAUUGAUUUGGAUGAUAUUAUGAAAGCAGAUGACAAUAGCUUUGUGGUCACCGGUGUGCGUUUCCGUGUGCUGGGCGCUCAUCUGAAUCUGGAAGCCAUGCUCAGCGAAUUCGAUUUCAAAAAGGGUGAACUCAUUAUGCCAGGCGUCAACAUCUGGCAGUCCAACGAUAAUACCGAUGUGAGCGGUGAACGCAGAGUGAAGCUGAAUAACUAUAAUGCUGAUGUGCCCACGCGCACAAUUGUCAGCUCACUGCCUAUAUCGAAGGACAAUCAGUAUAUAGACUUUGUCAAUUCGGGCAUGGAUGCGGAUGCAGCCCAAAGCACUGUGCCCUUCAUCGAUAUACAAGAUGUCGUUUCAAAUCCGCCAGUGCCACUUGCCGGCAUCGGCAUCUACUUCAAGUCGCGUCAAGGCUUUGGCGGCUUUGUAGCGCCAAAAAUAAUAACCUACGAUUUUGCAUCACAUGUGCAGAUGCCAAAGACCUUUAACUAAACUACAAUAACAACAGCAACAAGGAAACUGCUUAACAUUUACAAAAUUGUCUCAGAUAAUACACAUAUAGCUUUCUAGGUCUAUCUAAUGUAUAAUUAAACUUUUGUUUAUAAAGAAAACAACAUUAAUAUAGUAGCUCUGUUUGUGUCGAACAAAAAACAAAACUCACACAAAAGAAGAGAAGGGAAAAGAAAUUAAGAACAAUAAACACGCCCCGUCAAAGUUGUGCGCGCGCUAAUUCAAA